AUGACGGCAGAACGAUAUCGGGCACAUAUUGCACGUUCACGUUUAGCACAGGAAGCGUUAGAACAGCAGAGAUUACUGAAUGAGAUGAUGCAAUUGGAAUCUCUGCAGGAGAAUUCCCGACCCAGUUUACAUUCGAAUAGGCGACCACUUGCUACCAUACAUCCAGAUGACAAUAUCAUACCAGUAAAAAGGCGACACACUAAGGUGAACACUACUGAGAUGCAGCUAGAAGAGAAGAUAGCGGCUCUUAGCAGAUCUGCUGCUAAGUUAGCAGCGUUGGAAGCAGAAUUUGACCAACUACGUACUGAGAUGAAAAGUGUAGAACAGGAACACACGACAGGUCUUCAAGCAAAAGAUUGA